CAGCGACACCAACCGCCUGAUGAUAAAGAGGAACACUCCCGCUGAUUCAUUCACACCUUGGCGGCAGCGGCAGACGGUCGGACCUCACCCCGGCAGCAUUUUCUGACGAAUUUUUGAAGGGCCUACAGAUUAUUCUGUACUGCUUGCUUCCCCAAGACAAGUGAAGUACAGCUCCUCCUCCACCACAAUGCUUGAGACUGUGGCUCGAGAAAUGUUGGGUGCAGCUACCAGGCAUCUGACAGGAUACCUGGUCACGCUUUUCUUGACGUCGUGCCUGCUGCUCUGCAUUCGCACGUGUUGGCGAUGGGGCCACAAGAAAGGGGGCGCGACCCUGCCCCCGGGACCUUGGGGGAUUCCGUUGCUGGGGAACCUGGCUAUACUGAGGAAGGAUUUCCAUCGCAAGCAGGGCAUCGAAUGGGCCAAGAAGUACGGGCCCGUAUUCCGGAUCAGAAUUGGCGUGCGAAACAUCGUUCUGGUGAGCGACUUUGAAUUGAUAAAAGAGAUACUGUGCAAGAAGGAGUGCCUCUUCCGUCCGCAGAGAUGGGUGUUCAAGCACAUUGGAGGCGUCGGCUCUCUCAAUGGUAAAGCCUGGCAGGAAAACCGCCGCUACUGCGUGAAGUCUCUACGAGAAUUGAGCUCUGGGAAGAAAUCUAUGCUGGAGCAUGUUAGGGAGGAGUUCCAGUGUCUUCGAGACAAGGUGGCUGACGCGAGAGGUCAGCCACUUAGAAUGAGGCCCCUGCUCCUUCCCGCCGUGGCCAACACCAUCGCCGCUCUCGUUCUGGGCAGCCGUUACGCGUCCAGCGACCCGAGGCUAGACCAGCUGGAGCAACAUUUGGAGACCUUUGUUAGGAUCUUCUUCAGCGUCCCCCCUGUGAACCCACUGCCGAGCUGGCUCGAUUGGAUGUCACCAUAUAUCCCCAUCCUCGGAGAAUACAAAGGCUCGAAAUUUGCACGAGAUAUCCUCAAGUUCGUUGGCCAAGAAAUCAAUCACCGUUUGGACACGCUGGAUCCAGACGUGAAUCGACACUUCAUUGACGGCUAUUUUACUAUGGUAACGCAGCACCGUGGAAAACCUGAUCCCGACGUCAACCCUGACACCCUUCACGGCAGUGUGGUUGAUUUAUUGAUCGCCGGAUCGAGCACCGUGGCAGCCACCAUCCUGUACAUCCUCCUGCACUGCGCCGCCAACCCGGACGCGGUUCAAGCCAGGAUCCACGAAGAGAUCGACGCGGUGGUCGAGUCCUGCCGCAGCCCGAAGUGGGAAGACCACAACGGCAUGCCCUACACCAUGGCCGUCAUUUGGGAAAUGUAUCGCUGGAAGACCGUCAGCACGCUAAACCUGCCCAGAGAGGUAGCGGAAGACGUCGUCCUGAACGGGUACCUAAUCCCCAAGGGAACCAUCGUCGUAGCCAACAACUGGGCAACGCACAACGAUCCCAGGUACUGGAAGAAUCCCGAGCGGUUCGACCCAUCCCGGUUCCUGACGCCCGACGAAUCCCAACUCCUUCCGAGACCGGAAUACCUGAUGCCCUUCUCAAUCGGGAGGCGGAUGUGUCCCGGAAAGGCCCUGGCAACCGUCGAAAUCUUCCUCGGCGUGACGACUCUUCUGCAGAAAUUCCUCGUUGUGGCCGAAGGAGGUCCGAGCUACUGCGUAGCCACGGAUCCGUUUGCGAAACUUCUGGCACAGGGACUGUGCUUCCUACCUCGUGUUCCGGAGUGA